CGGAUGGGAGGGCCGGAGGAAGGCCCGAUUGAGGCGGCGGGAGCUCAGGCCGCUGGGGUGGCGACGGGAAGUGGGCUGAGACAGGCCCAGCCGUGCGGCGCACAUGUGUGGCUUGGGCCGCCUCUCGCAUAGUCUCUGGGUCAGGGGCUUCCCCGGCAGGCUCAGGGCGGGAAAAGAAAUUCUAGGCCCACGGUGCGCGCGUUUCUUUCUUUUUUUUGGCGGGGAUUGGGGAUUUGGAGGUAUUACUCACAGCCUCUCGAGGGAGAAAGGAAAAGAUGCGGCCGGAGCCCAUUACGCGGGCUGUGCGUUUUCUAGUCUCCCGCGGUUCAGUCUGUGGGGAGGGGGCUGCUCCGAGGAAUCGGCUUCUUGGACUCACGGGAGACUGGGGGGCGCUGUUACACGGAAAAUGGAAUAAUAUACUCUCAGCCGAUUGAUUAAUUCUCCGUCUCCGCCGCCCUUGUCCGUCCUCAAUCUGAGAGCAUUCGCUCAACUUUUUUUUCUUAACCGGGAUAUAGUUAACCGUGGCACUGGGGCAUUUUGAAAGUCCCUCUCCACCCUUACGUAUUUUCUGCGCUGCGCGGCUCUUCCCUCCCCACCUGUCUCUUUUUUUUUUCUUCCUCCUUUUACUUUGGAAACUAGAAUUGGCCGUUCUCCACAGUUGACCAGGAUUCCAUUUCUGAUCUCAUACACAAAAUAUUUUAAUAUUAUGGGGCGUGUUCUAAAAGUUUAAGGACUUUUGACGCUCUAGGAAUGUUUGUGGUCUUAUAAUUUAAUCACCGUGUACACUCCUGGGUGUUAAAAAUUAUAAGGAGUUUAGCCUAAGUAUAAAUGAGACAUUCGUUUCUGAGAAAAUUCCAUUUUUAAAUGUUAUUUGUGUGUUGGCGGAUGGUAGAGCAGAAAAUACCAAAUACCUAUUUUAAUAAAGCCACUUAUAAAACUGAUUGACACUAAGGUGGGAAGUGUGUGUCUUAAACUUGUUAGAAACAAAAGUAUAGCAAAAGGGUGUAAUAACUUGUUGCAUACAGUCAGGUAGACUUCCUAGAUUGCUUUAUUUUGCAUGAUAAUAAUGAACACUUUAACAUGUUUGUUGGUGGUGUUAAAUUGUAUCAUUAAGUACAGAUUUGAGGAGAACUUUUGAAAGUAAAAAUUGUGGAUUAUGUAUUAUAUCAAGUAGGUCUCUAAUAGUCAGAAGGCUUGGCAUUACUAUUAUCUCCUGCUAGUUUUUCCACGGAUAUGUACAGAAAGUGCCUCGUUUUCACAUGGCUUUGUGAGGAACAGGUACUUGUAGGCAGAUUUAAUGCUAGAAUUCAGGUCACAAGCCUUGACCAUUUAACUUAAGCCUCUUUUGUAGAAUGAAAGACAUACAUGCUUUCUGUUUCUCCUAUAGAAUAUCUCAGUGCUUUCUACGAUUUGCUUAAAAGAAAAUUACUACACAUAGAAAAACGUUUUCAAUACAGAUGAAUAAAAAGUUUGGACAGAGUUUAGAAGGGAGUUAAUAUAUUCCAGGCAGCGAAAGUUGUAAUCACAGUUUAUUUUUAAAUUUACUUAGAUAAGAAUCUAAUUUUGAGGAAAUAAUGUCUUAACAGAAUGCCUGUGAUCUAAACUGCCCUAGAAUUGAUACGAUUUCAGGCUGUAUAGUUUUUAAGUUUUAAAUUUUCGUAAAUUAUCAUUGCUCCCUAUCUAAAAUACUUUAAGCUUCUUGCCCCAGCUGCUUGAUUUAUUUAAAAAAUAUAUAUGUAUUUUUAGCUUUUGAAUUGGGAUUAAAGAUGUUUUGAGAUUUCUUGAUCAACACUACAUGUUUUAUUUAAUACUGGCAGGAACUACCAAAGAAAAGUAUUCAGGUAUAUACAGAAGAGUGCUUUCUGGUUUAUCUGUUUUUUAAUCUUAUAUUAAGGGCUUUUCCUUAGUCUUUACUGAAACUUUUGUGAACUACCUGCUUGCUGUAUUCUACCCUAAGCUGUCAAAUUGGAUGUUUUGCAGCAGUUGCUGAGUCAUCAUGAAUAUCGAGGCGCUUCAUGACAUGGCAUGUUUUGUACUAAUGUUAUUUAAGUGACCCAGGGUUUCUGAGCAGGAAUGAAGUUUUUCAUUAUGUAGUAGAGUGUUGGAACCAGAAUGAGAGGCCUGGCACUGUUAGUUAAUGGCUGUUUGCCAUUGCUUGUCAGGCCAAUUAGCUAGUGUAGUCAGACAGUACCUGAGACUCUUGCAUGUGUUAAAUUGACUUGUAAUUUCCUGUUUUGACUUCUGGUUUAGCUCUGCUGGGAAAUACUUAAAGGCUAGCAUUUUUUUCUUUUCACCUUCUCAUCUUUAAAAUGUCAUCUUGCUUAAAGUUGCAAAGACAGAAAUCCAUUGUCUUUGUCAACUAACAGAAGGGUAGUAACUCUUAAAAAUUGUAAAAGCAAAAGUACAGCCUUGAAUAAUGUAAGCUGAUCAUUUUCAUUCGCUUUCUCCCCCACCCCCAACCCCUUAACCCAGCUACAUUUAGGAAAUGGUGUCAUUUUUCACUGUGGGAGUGAACAGGUCACUAAAGAGGAUGUGAUUAGUUCUUGUCACCUGUUCAGUCUCCUUUCCCAUUUCCUUUUUGUGCAGAUUAUCAGUCCCAGAAAGUCAGCUCUGUGGAGAGGUCAAGCUGCUUUUCUUAAUAGCCACCACAAAAAACUUGAGCCAGUGGGCAAACCAGAACCUUGCCUCUUGAAGAAUCUGCUGCCACCUCCUGCAGGGCAUUCUUAGCAGGGUUACAGAAUCUGUUAAGAAUAUUGUGCCUGGAUGGCUACAGAGAUAUUUCAGCAAGAAUGAAGGUGUAUGCAGCUGCUCAACAGACACAAGUGAAGUGCCACAUUGGCCAGAAAAUAGAGAAGAUGACCAUCUCAUGUAUGCUGAUGAGGAGAGCUCCAAUGUAAAUGAUGGGAGGCUGACUCCUGAGCCAACAGUCAGUAAUACAGAAGAACCCUCAACAACUAGUACUGCUUCAAAUUAUCCAGAUGUAUUAACAAGGCCUUCUCUUCAUCGGAGUCAUCUGAAUUUCUCCAUGUUGGAAUCCCCUGCGUUACACUGUCAGCCAUCCACCUCCUCGGCAUUCCCAAUUGGCAGUUCUGGAUUUUCCCUUGUAAAGGAAAUCAAAGAUUCUACCUCUCAGCAUGAUGAUGAUAAUAUCUCAACUACCAGUGGUUUUUCUUCAAGAGCUUCUGAUAAAGAUAUAGCUGUUUCAAAGAACACUUCAGUGCCACCUCUCUGGUCCCCAGAGGCCGAACGUUCUCAUUCACUCUCACAGCACACUGCCACCAGCUCAAAAAAGCCAGCAUUCAACUUGUCUGCCUUUGGAGCACUUUCCCCUUCUCUUGGGAAUUCUUCAGUCCUUAAAACAAGUCAGCUUGGAGAUUCUCCUUUUUAUCCUGGAAAAACAACGUAUGGUGGCGCAGCAGCUGCUGUAAGGCAGCCUAAACUACGAAAUACACCUUAUCAGGCACCAGUCAGAAGACAGAUGAAAGCUAAGCAACUCAAUACACAAUCUUAUGGUGUGACUAGUUCAACAGCCCGGCGAAUAUUACAGUCUUUAGAGAAGAUGUCAAGUCCUCUAGCGGAUGCAAAAAGAAUUCCAUCUAUUGUUUCUUCACCCCUGAAUUCUCCUCUUCAUAGGAGUGGGAUAGAGAUCACAGAUUUUCAGGCCAAAAGAGAAAAGGUGGACUCUCAGUAUCCCCCUAUUCAGAGACUCCUGACCCCAAAGCCAGUUUCCAUAGCAACAAAUCGAACUGUUUAUUUUAAACCAUCUCUGACGCCAUCUGGUGAAUUGAGGAAGACUAAUCAAAGAAUAGAUAAAAAGCACAAUACUGGAUAUGAAAAAAAUACAACACCAGGACAAAAUAGAGAACAACGAGAAAGUGAUUUUUCAUACCCAAAUUUCAGUAUGCCCGCAGCCAAUGGAUUAUCUUCUGGAGUGGGUAGUGGAGGUGGCAAGAUGAGACGAGAGAGGACACGCUUUGUUACAUCUAAACCUCCAGAGGAGGAGGAAAUGGAAGUGCCAGUAUUACCGAAAAUCUCUCUACCGAUCACCAGUUCUUCACUGCCUGCCUUCAGUUUUAGUUCCCCUUCCAUCACAGGCUCCUCCUCAUCACCUGUCAGUCCUUCGCAGUCAUUAGCAAACAAGGUACAAAUGACCUCUCCGAGCAGUACUGGCAGUCCCAUGUUUAAAUUUUCAUCUCCAAUCGUAAAAUCUACUGAGGCAGAUGUACUACCUCCAUCAUCUAUUGGAUUUACAUUUAGUGUGCCUGUUGCAAAAACAGCAGAACUUUCUGGCUCCAGUAGUACUUCAGAACCAAUUACAAGUAGUUCAACACAAGAUACCACUUCAGUGAACAACAAUACAAGCUGUAAGAGGAAGCUAGAUGAAGAUUGUGAGGGCCCUUUUGUACCUGCAAAAGCCCUGAAAGAAGGAAGUGUUCUAGAUGUUUUGAAAAGCCCUGGUUUCCUAUCACCAAAGGUCGAUUCUCUUGCUGCUCAGCCUACCACAACAAGCCCUGUAGUUUAUACAAGACCAGCAAUAAGUAGCUUUUCUUCCAGUGGAAUCGGGCUUGGGGAAAGUUUAAAAGCCGAAUCAUUGUGGCAGUGUGACACUUGUCUAGUCCAGAACAAGGAUACAGACAAUAAGUGCACAGCCUGUCAGGCCACAAAAUUGCCACCAAGAGAUACUGCUAAACAGACUGGAAUUGGGACACCAAGUAAAAGUGGCAAAUCAACUCUUCCUGUAUCAGGGACAGGCUUCGGAGAUAAAUUUAAACCAGCAGUAGGAACUUGGGAUUGUGAUACCUGCUUAGUGCAAAAUAAACCGGAAGCAGUAAAAUGUAUAGCUUGUGAAACACCAAAACCUGGAACUGGUGUUAAGCGGGUCCUUACGUUGCCAGCAGCUUCAGAAAGUGCUGUAACUGUGACUGCUCCAUCUUCCAGCUGCACCGUGACCGCUGGUACCUUAGGAUUUGGAGAUAAAUUCAAAAGACCUCUGGGAUCUUGGGACUGUCCAAUGUGCUAUGUUUCUAAUAAUGCAGCCGACAAUAAAUGCGUGUCCUGUAUGUCUGAGAAACCAGGAAGCUCAGUACCUACUUCCAGUAGCAGCACAGCACCUGUGUCUCUGUCUUCUGGAGGCUCUCUAGGAUUAGACAAGUUCAAGAAACCUGAGGGAAGCUGGGACUGUGACAUAUGCCUAGUACAAAAUGAAGCCGAUUCUACCAAAUGUAUAGCGUGUGAAAGUGCAAAGCCAGGCACAAAAUCUGAGUUUAAAGGCUUUGGCACACCUUCCUCUUCUUCGAACCCAGCAGCUUCAUCCUUCAAAUUUGGUAUUCCAUCAUCCUCUUCUGGGCCUUCUCAGACAUUAACAAACACUGGAAAUUUUAAAUUUGGAGAUCAAGGAGGCUUUAAGAUAGGUGUGUCAUCAGAUUCUGAGUCUACAAAUCCCAUGAGUGGAGGCUUUAAGUUUUCUAAACCAAUAGGAGAUUUUAAAUUUGGAGUUUCAUCUGACCCUAAACCUGAAGAUGAUAAAAAAGACAGUAAGAAUGAUAAUAACUUUAAGUUUGGACUUUCUUCUGGCUUAAGCAGUUCAACUCCUUUAGCUCCAUUUCAAUUUGGAGUGUCUAAUCUUGGGCAGCAAGAAAAGAAUGAGGAAGCCCCUAAAUCUUCAUCUGCAGGCUUUAGCUUUGGUACAGGUAUUAUUAACCCUACCCCUGCUGCCACUAAUACUGCAGUGACCUCUGAGAACAAGAGCAGCUUCAGCUUUGGAACCAUAGAAACCAAGAGUGUUUCAGUGGCUCCUUUCACAUGUAAGACAUCAGAAGCAAAAAAAGAAGAAAUGCCUGCCACCAAGGGAGGGUUCACCUUUGGCACUAUGGAACAUGCCUCUCUGCCAUCUGCCUCAGUGUUUGUUUUGGGAAGGACAGAGGAGAAACAGCAAGAGCCCGUCACUUCUACUUCCCUAGUGUUUGGGAGGAAAGCUGACAACGAAGAGCCAAAGUGUCAACCAAUGUUCGCCUUUGGAAAUUCAGAGCAAACCAAAGAUGAGAGUGCUUCCAAGUCCACAUUUAGUUUUGGUAUGACAAAACCAUCUGAGAAGGAAUCUGAACAGCCAACAAAGGCCACUUUUGCUUUUGGAGCUCAAACCAGUACUACAGCUGAUCAAGGAGCAGCAAAGCAAGUUUUCAGUUUCUUGAACAACAAUUCCUCUAACUCAAGUACACCAGCCACUUCGGCUAGUGGAGUUAUAUUUGGUAGUUCCACCUCUUCCUCCAGUGCACCUGGGGCUGCCUUUGUGUUUGGACAGGCCAGCAAUCCUGUGAGCAGCUCUGCCUUUGGUAAUUCUGCUGAAUCCAGUACAUCUCAGUCUUUGCUAUUUUCUCAGGAUAGCAAACCAGCAACCACAUCUAGCACAGCUACAGCUGUCACCCCAUUUGUCUUUGGUCCAGGAGCCAGCAGUAGUACUACAGCAACCUCUGGAUUCAGCUUUGGAGCUACAACCACAUCGAGCUCUGCAGGAUCCUCAUUUUUAUUUGGCUCUGGACCUUCUUCAACACCAUCUGCCAGUCCAGCAUUUGGUGCUAGUCAGACCCCAACGUUUGGGCAAAGUCAAGGUGCCAGCCAACCUAAUCUCCCGGGCUUUGGAUCUAUAUCUUCCUCGACAGCAUUAUUUUCAGCUGGUUCUCAGCCUGCAGCGCCUACUUUUGGGACAGUGUCAAGCAGUAGCCAGCCUCCUGUGUUUGGACAGCAGCCUAGCCAGCCUGCAUUUGGCUCUGGAGCAGCUCCGAAUUCUAGUUCGGGUUUCCAGUUUGGCAGCAGCACUACAAAUUUCAACUUCACAAACAACAAUCCAUCAGGAGUGUUCACAUUUGGUGCGAAUGCCAGCACACCUGCAGCCUCAGCCCAGCCUUCAGGCUCAGGGGGAUUCCCAUUUAGCCAGCCUUCAGCAGGAUUUACAGUGGGGUCAAAUGGGAAAAAUGUCUUCUCUUCUUCUGGAACUCCAGUUUCUGGUCGCAAGAUAAAGACUGCUGUUAGACGUAGGAAAUAAAGGUCACAAAGGUGUUAUACACAACAGUUUUACCAACAGCUGGUGCCCUGCUUUCAGAUACUGGAUUGUACUACAUGCUGGGGUUAUCUGAAGUCAAAUCUGCCUAAGGACAUCUUUAAUUUUGGAACUUUCCUCCUUUCUCUUUCUUUACAGAAGCUCCCACCCUCACCCCACCCCCACCCCUUUUUUAAAAUAUUAGCUAGCCUGGUGACUGAUUCUUCAGCAAAAAUAUUUUAUGAUCUAGCCAAUUAUUCACUGAUUUGGCAUGGUCUGGCUGUACCCAGGAGUAGAGCCCUCCCGGUGAAUGGCUUUGUAUAGAACCUCUUCGUCUGCACCACUAUGUGCGUUGGUAUGCGUUUAUAGAACGCGUUGAAAUUGUAAUUAUAUCUGAGGAAUUCUGUAUAGAUUAGAGGAUGUUGAAAUGAAUGAUUUCUAUGCUGUUUGUGCUGGUGUAUGUGUGAAGUGAGUGAGUUGGGUGUAUUGUGCACUAAAAUUUUCUGAUAGAGGAAGCCUGAUUAAAGAAUGGUCCAUGCUAAGGACUUGUUAGAUCUAGUUCUCCAUUUAAUAAUUAUAUGCUAUUUCUAUAUUUUCAUUCUUAUGACUAUCACCUGUCUUGCCUUUUUCAUUAUUUUAUUAUGAAAUUUGUGUAAAUACAAUUUUGUUUCUGUACUUUUUUGACAUAACAUAAAUCUGUGAACUUGAAAUUUUAAUUUUGUGUUAGAAAUUUUUUUUGUUGUUUGUUUAGUCUUGUCUCAGAUUUUAUUAUGUAAAUCCCAUUAUUCAAAGUUGCCUAAAUCCAUUUGGAAAUCUUUAAAAAAAUAAAAAAAAAAUUGGGGAUUCUUAAAGUAAAUUUAUUGGCUUUUCUGAUCCAGUUUUGUUUGGACCAAAAACCAGUAUUGUACAAAGUAUUAAGCAUAUAUUUUUAUAUUUACUGAAAUGGACUGUGGUGACUUUGGAUAAUAAGGAAAAGUUUAAUAUUAAAGCCAUGUUUAUUACAGUAUAAUUAACAUGUUAAACCAUGGGAUAAAUGCCAUCAAUAAAAAAUUAUGAAAUA